GCGGUGGCCGGGCAUGGGGCCCCCGGGCGGUCGCGGCAGCUCCGGCGCCCGCGGCAGCCUGCAGCACUUGCUCCUCUUCCUGCUCUUCGUUGGGCCUUUCAACUGCUUUGCCAGUUACAGCCGCGCCACUGAGCUCUUCUACAGCCUCAACGAGGGGCUGCCUGCUGGGGUGCUCAUCGGCAGCCUGGCCCGUGACCUGCAGCUUCCAACGGCUGGCAGCCAGCAAGCGGCGUCUCUGCAGCCCCCACUCUCCUUCACCCUGGCCUCCCAUGGCUUGGGGGGACAGUAUGUGCAGCUGGACAACCGCUCCGGAGAGCUGCACACCUCAGCGGUGGAGAUAGACCGGGAAGCUCUAUGCGUGGAAAGCAGUGGGGCCACCAUCUUCGGGGGAUCGGCUGCUGUCUCCUCUUCGUCCCCCUCACCAGAGUCAUGCCUACUGCUGCUGGAUGUGCUGGUACUGCCGCAGGAGUACUUUCGCCUGGUGAAGGUAAAAAUUGCUAUUCGUGAUGUCAACGACAACGCGCCCCGCUUCCCUGUGCCCCACAUCCGCCUCUGGGUGCCUGAGAAUGCGCCUGUGAACACCCGCCUGGCCAUCGAGCACCCCGCCCUCGACCCUGACAUGGGCACCAAUGGUGUCCAGACCUACCGCCUGCGAGAUAACUAUGGUGUCUUCACCCUGGAUGUGGAGGAGAAUGAGAAUGGGGAGAGGACUCCCUACCUGAUUGUUAUGGGGGCACUGGACAGGGAGACGCAGGACGAGUAUGUGACAGUCAUCGUCGCUGAGGAUGGGGGGACUCCUCCGCUCGUGGGCAGCGCCACCCUCACUAUUGGCAUCAGUGACAUCAAUGACAACUGCCCCCAGUUCAAUGACUCGCAGCUCAACGUCACUCUCUAUGGGAAUUCCAGCCUAGGGACACACGUGGCUACUGUCCACGCUGUGGACAUGGAUCUUGGAUCCAAUGCCCAGAUCACCUACUCCUACAGCCAGAAGGUCCCCCAGCCAUCCAGAGACUUGUUCCAUCUGAAUGAAAGCACAGGAGCCAUCACACUCUCCACUAAGGUUGAUGGGGACACUCCAAGGCUGCACAGGCUGAUCAUACUGGGCAACGGUCCUGGCUGUAUUCCUGCCAUGAUCACGGUGCUGGUGACCAUCAUCAAAGUCAUGAUGAGGCCCCCUGAAGUUGUUCCUCGUUUCAUAGCUAAUGAGGUGGAAGGGGUGGUCUACUUAAAGGAACUUGAGCCUAUCAACACACCCAUAGCAUUUUUUACCAUCAAAGACCCCGAUGAAAAGUACAAAGUCAGUUGCUAUUUGGACGGUGAUGGGCCUUUCAGGCUUUCACCGUACAAGCCAUACAACAAUGAAUACCUGUUGGAGACCACGAAGCCUUUGGACUUUGAGACACAGCAGCUGUAUGAAAUCUCUGUAGUUGCAUGGAACUCUGAAGGAUUUCAUGUCAAGAAAGUUGUCAAAGUACAGGUUCUGGAUGACAACGACAAUUCACCAGUUUUCUCUGAACAGCUGAUAGAAUUGUCCAUUGAGGAGAACAAUGUUCCCAAUGCUUUUUUGACCAAACUGCAUGCUACUGAUGCUGACAGUGGAGAAAGAGGGCAAGUGUCCUAUUUCUUAGGUCCUGAUGCCCCUUCUUAUUUUGCUUUAGAUAAAACUACAGGAGUUCUUACAGUUUCUACCCAGCUGGACAGAGAAGAAAAAGAGAAAUACAGAUAUACUGUCAAAGCAGUAGAUUCUGGAUUCCCUCCAAGAGAAUCAAUAGCAACUGUCACCAUCACUGUAUUGGAUAAAAAUGAUAACAGUCCAAGAUUUAUCAAUAAGGAUUUCAGCUUUUUUGUGCCAGAAAACUUUCCAGGCUUUGGUGAAAUUGGAGUUAUAAGUGUCACAGAUGCUGAUGCAGGGCAAAAUGGAUGGGUUGCCCUUUCAGUUCUGAACGGAAGUGAUAUUUUUGUUAUAGAUACUGGAAAAGGAGUUUUGAGAGCUAAAGUCUCCCUGGACAGGGAGCAGCAAAGCUCCUACGUUCUGUGGAUUGAAGCAGUUGAUGGCGGUGAUCCUGCCCUGUCUUCUACAGCAAAAAUAACUAUCCUUCUUCUAGACAUAAAUGACAACCCUCCUUUGGUCUUGUUCCCUCAGUCUAAUAUGUCUUACUUGUUAGUCCUUCCCUCUACCCUUCCUGGCUCUCCCAUCACUGAGGUCUAUGCUGUCGAUAAGGACACCGGCAUGAAUGCAGUCAUAGCUUACAGUAUCAUAGGAAGGAGAGGCCCUCGACCCGAGUCGUUUAGGAUUGACCCCAAAACUGGUAACAUCACCUUGGAAGAGUCACUGAUGCAGAAUGACUAUGGCCUCUAUCGGCUGCUCGUGAAAGUCAGUGACCACGGCUACCCGGAGCCUCUCCACUCCACCGUCAUGGUGAACCUUUUUGUCAAUGACACCGUCAGCAAUGAGAGCUACAUCGAGAGCUUGUUAAGGAAGGAGCCUGAUAUCAGUGUAGAGGAAAAGCAUCCACAAAUAUCCAUAGAGCCUACACAUAAAAAAAUGGAGUCAGCGUCCUGCAUGCCUACCUUGGUAGCUCUUUCAAUAAUAAGCUUGAGUUCGAUUGCUUUAGUAACGGGGAUGGGAAUUUACAUUUGUCUGAGAAAAGGGAAAAAGCAUCACAGAGCAGAUGAAAACUUGGAAGUACAAAUCCCCUUAAAUGGAAGAAUUAACCUGCACAUGUUGGAGAAGAAACCAGUGGAGAUUUCUAAUAUCUGAUGUUUCUUUGUGUAUAAGUCCAAUAUUUGAAAAACCCUGGAGGACAAUAAAACACCUAGCUGUAGGUUGUAUUGACAGAGGUUGCAAUGAAGGACUGCUAAUUUAUAACUUAAUAUUAUAAUUGUAAAUAGCUGUUUACAGUUUUUUAAAUUCAAUUUCAGUGUACAGCUUUUUUAUGAAACGUUAGUAACUAACAGCUAGCACCCUGACUAUAAAAACAUGGACAUCAUUUCCAGCUUUCAUAAAUCAAUAAGAUCAGUGAACAUAAAAAGGGUGAAGGUAAGAUGAUUCUUUUAAACUCAAGUUUUAAAAGUAUUUUUAACCACGAGAGGGCAUCAAAUGCUCCUGAGCAGGGAACUGUUCAAGGUACUGUCCAUGAGAUAAACAGAAUAUAUUUUAAGUAUAUUGAUUUUAAUAUAAAAUACCUAUUGGCAUACAGACAUUUAA